UACUAGUUACUCCUCAAGGUUUCUAAUAAUAAUCACUUUAAAAAAGGCUCUCUUGCGCUUCAAAGAGCCUUGCAAAACAAAACAUGUCAUAUGAUAUACCCCUCAGUGUGCAGGGCCAGCCUGCGGCUCACCAUCGCCACCAGACAUCACUAGAACAAACCCUUAACUUUUCUCUCAUAUCUUUGACUGCUUCAGAACGAGUGGAUGCCGAGAUCAUCUUUGAUCAGCUGAUGGAGCAUUGCGAACCUUUGCAGAGAAAGAAUCAUUACAAGACUGUCACCCUGGUGCGCCUGACAUAUGAGCAUUGCCAGUCAAAGGAUACAUUUUUAAAGCAAUUCUUUAUCUUUAUUGAUAAUGAUAUCUCAAACCAAAACAGACCACCACCAACCUUUGAACAUGGUCUAUCACAUUUUCAUGGCUUCAAUGGCCAGACUGCUUCGCCAUCUCUCAAAAAAAAGGCAGAAGGGGUAGUGGAUUCAUUUGCAGAAUACCUUUUCCAAAACUUUUUCCUGCCAUUGAAGGCAGCAGGGUCAAAGACACCACAGCCAACCCCAGCUGCAUUGUCAGCUCCUUCACUUGGGAAUGUUGUUGGAGCACCUGCGAGACUGUCAACUCUUCGCCGCGAUUGUUUAAUUCGAGACCAUAACCGAUGUGUAGUCACACAGGCAUUCAAUCUACAUGAAGCUAAGACCAGGGAUCGGCUUCAUGCGAACCCAAAGGAUGACGAUGAUCAGCCACUGAGUUUCGGACGAGGCGAUGUUGAUGAACUCGAGGUUGCGCACAUUAUACCCCAUUCCAUACUGUCAGCAAAGUUUAUUGAUGGAGAGCUGCAGUUGAGCGAAUCUAAGAAAACCGCCCUGUCAGUUCUCAGCAUGUUUGACCCAGGUGUCAUUCCUCUGAUUGAAGGGUCAGGUAUUGAUCAUCCAACCAAUGCUAUCACCUUGUCAAAAAGUGUUCAUACCCAAUUUGGUCUUUUCGAGAUCUCUUUUGAAGCCAUGGAUUCGUCAAACCACCCUCAAAAUACUUAUACAAUACAUUCGUCGAGCCGGGUGCUUUCCCAACUCUACAAUCUUCCGGUUACAAGAACUCUGCUUCUCUCACCAAACCUUACAAUUGAUCCACCUUCUGCAAAACUACUUGCCAUUCAUCGUGCAAUUGCUAUCAUUAUUGCACUUAGCGCCGCUGGGGAAUAUAUGGAUCAGAUACUUCGUGACAUGGAAGAGGUGUGGGUGAGAAGUGAUGGCGCUGCGGAAAUGGGGCGCAUCGUCUCUUUGAAAAUCGGCGGCUGGCUUGAUAGCGUGGUAGCUUGAUGGUUUUUUUAUGAACCGGAUAUGUCGCCCAAAGUGUUUGCUGGGCUACUUAUCUCUCAACAAAUCGCCGGUGGAAAGGCUCCGGAGCUGAAGAUUGGGUUUGAGAACUUUUCAAUUACGGGGUAGUCUGGAAUCUCGACAUGACUGCGGGAACUAAUUGGGGCACACUCUAUGCAUUGAGAACAAAGCUGGCUUCAGAAACCAUGUUAUUGACCACGCAGCUAAGCAUAUGCUAAACUGAUGGGAGGCGUUCACUAACUUCUCCACGUCCUGGGGCCUUCCAUCUAAGGCCGGAUUGGCCAGAACCCCUCCUUCUGGCUCGGCCGCAAACGCCGGGGCGUGAUGGAGCGAAAGAUGAAAGAGGGACGGUGAGAUGGUGAUUCCAUGAAUACCUCACCCAAUUAUCCUGGCGCUUGGAAAGACUAUUUAGGCAAACAACAGAAAUGAGCAGCAAGAAUCAGAGACCAUUCACUGGAAGCACUGGAAGUUUUGAGAAGAAGGGAUGGCCAGCUGGGAAAUAAAGGUCAUUCUAAAGAAAAUGUGAUGGUCUGACCUAUAUGCAUCAAGGGAUUUCCAUGUCACCAGCAUUGUCCCCAGGCUUUAGAUGUCAGUGUGUGAAUAUGGUUUUGGGAUAAGAUGUUAAUUACAUCUUGCCAUAUGUAGCCUGUAGUAAUGAGCUUCCCUACGCAUAAGUGUUGAUGAUUCCCUUCCUUGACUGCUUUACCACUGUGAUCUUGUCUGCAUCCUUCAUAAGGUUGGUGUCAUGCCUAGAAUAAACAUUAGUUGUGGAGGAGUAGCCAAAUUCUGAUAAUAGAGACGACUCACAAUAUCAUAUUACAAUGGCUGUUUGACCUCUAGUGCAC